CCGUGACGUGCGCUUUUCGGCUUUUACUAACUACUGCAAAUUGUCGGUAAGAAAACCGACAAAAAUUCAGCGGAGAAGAAAAGUUUGUAAGAGGACAGAAAAAGUAGGCAUGGAGGUUUGUGUUUAGAAGAAGAAGUCAUGGACAAGCUGUUACAACACCAAAGAAGGCAAUAAUCCCACUGCUGAAGCCAUGGCAACAGAGAUACCUCCUGACCUCUCCGAGGUGGUGACCUCGAGUUCAUCUGGUCAGAUUUCCAGUUUCUGUCCGCAGUCCUGGCGCAUGAUUCACCAGAACGUGGUCGAGAGUCGUAAACUAAUCACGAUGCUGGCCAGUCGUGUCCCCGGCUCCUUCCACUUCCGCACGCAAACCACGCCCAGCGGAAACAAAACCAGGCUCUAUUUCCUGGGAAUGACCUCCAAAGGUCGGGAAAACACGCUACUGUUUGCAGAUCUCCCCCCGGUGGUCCCUGAAAACCCGAGCAUCUUGUCUCAGUGGCCGCUGUUGGACUCGUUUCCGGCCAGUAUUCCAUUGUCCCAACUAUCGCGAGAGGAGCAGUUAUUGAGAGAGAGGAAGAGAAUGGGGACUUAUGGUAUCACAUCGUACGAACUCGUCGAGUCGGAGGGAAAAUUUGUGUUUCCCGCCUCCAACUCUCUCUUCUAUUGUAGCGAUCCCGAUAUUACGAUGACAGAACCAGUUUUCCCGGUGAAUAUCUCCAGCAGUAGGGUAGAGGGAGCCCGCCUUGACCCCAAACUCUGCCCCCACAACUCUCAACUCUUGGCCUUCAUCAACCAGGGUGAUAUCUGGGUCGCCAACAUAGAGGAUAAUCAGGAGUGUCGGCUCACCUACACCAAUACAGGAAGUGGUAGCUUGGAGGAUGAACCGCUGUCCGCAGGAACGCCAUCCUUUGUGGUGCAGGAGGAGUUUGACCGCUACACUGGCUACUGGUGGUGUCCUGUGACCACCGGGGGAGCCACCUACUGUAUCCUGUACGAGGAGGUGGACGAGGGAAUGGUGGAGAUCCUCAAUAUCUUCUCUCCGUCAGUGGAGGGGAAAAAUGUGGAUCAGUACCGUUAUCCACGGGCUGGUACUCCCAAUGCAAAAAGUGUUUUGAAGCUAGUCAAGUUUUCUUUGGACAGUGAAGGCAAGUUUUGUGGUGUACAGCACUUUCAGCUGUUGGAGCCCCUGCUGACAUUCUUUCCAUGGAUGGAGUACAUGGUUAGAGCAGGAUGGACUCCAAACGGAAAACAUGUGUAUGCGGAACUGCUGGACAGACAGCAGAAGAGGAUGAGCCUCGUUCUGAUACCGGUCGAUUUCUUUGUUCCUGUCCGCCAGUUUUCUGAUGAUGAUAUGGAGGAGGAUGUGUUCGGGAGAAACAUUCCCCCGCUUACUGUACUGUAUGAAGAAAGCUCCGAGAUCUGGGUCAAUACUCACGAUAUUUUACACUUUUUACCUCAUCCCAACCCCUCGGAGAUCAAAUUCCUGUGGGCGUCAGAGAAAUCGGGCUUCCGUCACUUAUACUCUGUCGUGUCAAAGCUAGAAAACUGUGAUAGAAAAAUGUGUGCCAUGGAUCUUCUAGAGGAAAAUCAAGAUGGACAAUUCAAAGCUAAUGUGAUAAAAGAAGUAAUGUUGACAUCAGGAGACUGGGAAGUGAACCCAAAACAGAUAUGGGUCGAUGAGAAGAGAGACAUUGUCUACUUUGUUGCCCUGAAGGACAGCGUCCUAGAAACUCACCUAUAUGCUGUGACCUACUCAAAGCCGAGCGAGCCCGUGAGACUGACCACCCCAGGGUACUCACACGCAGUGUCACUGAGUUCAGACUGUUCGUCUUUUGUCAGCGUCUACAGCUCGGCCAGAGAAACCACUUCCUGUGUUGUUUACAAGAUUCUCCAUGACAACGACAGACCAAUGAGCACCAAGUCCUGGGGAAUUAUAAUGCCGCCCAUUGCAUGCCCAGACUACAACGCCCCUGAACUAUUCCAGUACCAGAGUCAGUCGGGGUUCACUCACCACGGCUUGUUCUUUCACCCUCACGGGGAGGAGGCAGGCAAGAAAUACCCCACCGUGGUAAUGGUGUACGGGGGACCCCAGGUACAACAGGUCACCAACUGCUUUAAGGGAAUCAGGUUUCUGCGUCAUCAUGCCCUGGCGUCCAAUGGGUAUGCUGUCGUAGUGAUCGACGGCCGGGGAUCAUGUGGGCGGGGCCUAAAGUUUGAAUCCCACAUCAAAAACAGACUGGGUACUGUGGAGAUUGAGGACCAGGUUGAGGGGCUGCAGUACCUGUCCUCGGCUGGUUAUUGUGUGGACAUGACCAGAGUAGGCAUCCAUGGCUGGUCCUACGGAGGCUACCUCUCCUUACUGGGCAUCGCUCAACGACCCGACGUGUUCAAGGUAGGGAUAGCUGGUGCCCCUGUCGUUAACUGGCUGCUGUACGACACUGGAUAUACGGAGCGCUACCUUAACCUGCCGUCUGAAAACGAGGCUGGCUACAGGAAUGGGUCGGUGCUGAGUCACGUCGACCAAUUCCCCGACGAGGAGAACAGAAUCCUGAUAAUUCACGGACUGAUUGACGAAAACGUCCACUUCCACCAUACCAGUGCUCUGAUAACGGCUCUAGUGAAAGCCUGUAAACCAUACAGAUUACAGAUUUACCCCAAUGAGCGGCACGGGAUCCGGAACCACGAGGCCAGUGAACAUUACAAGACUAUGAUCCUCAGCUUUCUCCAGAACCAUUUAUGACCACCCCCUGAAAACGGAGGUUCUUUUAUUCCUACCAUAAGCAUUUGUUAUGGAGGUUGCCUGUAUCUCUGCAUAACCACUUAUGACCUGUGCUGUGAAAAGGACCCAACCCAUUGUAAUGGAGGUUCUUUUAUAUCUACAGAACCAUUCAUCAUUAUGAUCAGCCCCCUAAAGCUGAGGUUCUCCACUUUUCUUUUUAUACAUUUUAUCUUCGUUUAUCAUGAGCCAUCCAUAGUAAGGGUAUUUUUGCUGUGAACCAAAGUCACACGUUAGAGGUUUUUCCUCUCACCUACUUCAAGAAAAGACUUUAACGAAUAUGAAAUAAUUUUCCAUAACAUGAUCGUGAGCAAGAUUUCAAUUCUUUGGAAGAAUAAUUCUCGGAUAAGAUACCCGGUAUGAAGUAAUAGGAUCUGAAAAUUGUGCGUGUGUUAUGACAAAAGAUUUGGGUUAUAUAAACCACAUAGCAAUCUGUGAUUUUUUAUCAGCUAGUUUUACCGAAAAAAAGAAAAACUGUCAUCAAUAAUUUUGUAUUUACCAUGAUUUAUUGAAAAUGAAACUUAUGCUGAAAAUUUUUUAGCAAUUUAUCGUUGAUGUAUAAUCAAUUCAUUGUAAUUUACAGAAACCGUAGUAUCAAUUUGUUAAAAAAUUGCGAGGUUUCGUAUUUGUGUGUUAGCUGGCGUGAUUUUCUGAAAGCUUGAGUUACCGGAAGUGAACUGUGAGCAAGUCGGGAUAUCGAACCCGACAUCAGUAUACCAGUGCGACUGUUUUCGAUGAUGAUUUGAUCUUCCAACUCCUUAACAUAUUCAGGGAGAUCUGUGGGUUUUCAACACCUGCUAAUUGUUAAUAUGAUAAAUAUUCAAGAAAUAUUUUUAUUUGCUUUAUACAGGCGGUUUGCUUCUAUUUUCUAUGAUAUUAUAAACUUUAUCAAUUAUAGAACCCAUAACAUUUCUUUAACAUACAGUAUCUUUAUUUGAUAAACUUAUUGCUGUCUAAAAAAGAUGUUACACGUUCAAUUUACAUGUCUCUCUCCGCUUUAUGACGAACUAGUUUGUACCAUUUAAUUACCAUACAGUAUCUUAUAUGAUAAAAUUAUUGCUGUAUAAAAAUGUCACACAUUCAAAUUAAAUGUCUCUAUCUCUCUUUUCAUUUUAUUACGAAUUCGUAGAGCCGAUGAUAACGUUUAAAUGAAGUUUAUUUAUUAAACAUUAUUGGCUUGCUUAACUUCGUUUAAUAUAAAGACAAUUUUAUGUUAGAAUACAUUGUGUUCUCUCUCCA